AUGGCGGAGGAGGAGCUUGAGGCACUGAGGAAGCACAGGCUGGCCGAGCUGCAGGCGAAGCACGGGGACCCUGGCGAUGCAGCACAACAGGAAGCAAAGCAAAGGGAAGCAGAAAUGAGAAACUGUAUCUUAGCCCAAGUUCUGGAUCAGUCAGCCCGGGCCCGAUUAAGUAACUUAGCACUUGUAAAGCCUGAGAAAACUAAAGCAGUAGAGAAUUACCUUAUACAGAUGGCACGGUAUGGACAACUAAGUGGGAAGGUAUCAGAACAAGGUUUAAUAGAAAUCCUCGAAAAAGUAAGCCAACAAACAGAAAAGAAAACAACAGUUAAAUUCAACAGAAGAAAAGUAAUGGACUCUGAUGAAGAUGACGAUUAUUGA